AUGAAUCUCGCCGUGAGCCCCGGGUUGGCUGACCGGCUGGAGCUGCUGGCAGCACCGGGGGAGACCAAGGAGCUGCGGUCGGUGCUGUCCCCGCUGCUGGAGGCUUCGGCCCUGCUCUCGCCGGUGGCGCAGGCCCACGUGCUGUGGCAGCUGGCGCAGGCGGUGGGCGUGAUCCGCACCCAGUCCCCAGCCGUCUUCAAGGCCCCGCUGGUGCGGCUCUUCGGCACGGCGCACGCGGCGCUGCUGCACGCCAGCCUGCGGCUCAAAGCCCUUUUCACCGCCAGCCUCUUCACGGCCGAGGAUGAGGCCUUUCUCCUGCGGCGCCUGGUGGCGUUGGCCGGGCACCCGGCCCUGCCCUCGCCCCUGCGCCUCUUCUACCUUGACUGCCUGCUCUGCUUCCCCGAGAACCGGCCCCUGGGCUCUGAGGGUGUCCCUGUGCUGCUCACCCCCCGCCUGGCCGCCAGCCUUGUGCCCUCCAUCUUCCAGGACCCGGGCACCGUGCGGGCCCGCUGCCACCUCUUCAGCCUGGUCUGCCUGGAGAACCCAGGGCCCGAGGCCGAGAGGGGCGUGGGGGUCUUGUUCGAGCAGCUCCUGGCGCUGGCGGGGGUUGUGGUGGGCUGGGGGGCGGCAGCGAGAGGGGGAGCAUCUGAUGGGGGCCCCACUGCACCAUCGCAGCAUGCGAGCAGCCAGGGACCCCAGCUUUACGUGCUCGCCGCCAUCCCAUCCUGCCCGGAUGCCAUGAGGCAGGAUGCCCUCAGCGAGGAUGAGGGGCCGUGGUGA